AUGACUUCUGAGGAAUCAGUGACUUCCAGGAAAGACUGGAUGACAACCAGGAAUAGAUUGGUGACAACUGGAGAGACAGUGGACAUCCAGGAGAGACUGGAAUUGGGCAUCAAGGGCCGGCACCCCAAGAUGAUGACUCCAUACCCCCAGGGUCUUCCGAGAGGGGGGGUGGAAGAGAGAUCCAAUAGGACGGACACAACGGAAUCGACACGGCUAGUUCAACGGACAUUGACAGGUGAGGCCUAUACAGAGACAGCUCAGUGUGUUUGCGGGAAAAUCUGUAAGAAUGCCAGGGGUCUCAAGAUACACCGGUCUAGGAAGGGUUAUCAGCCUGAUCCGGAGCAGAGACAGUGCACAGACUUGUCUGGUGAGACACAGGAGGACCACAGCCAGGAAGAACACCACAGUGCUGAGGAUCUCCACGAAUCUGAGGUGGAACAGGUGGAUAAGCCUACAAGACCAGAACAUGAUCUUGGUAGCCAGGGCAGUCGUACAGAUGACAGACUAGAGCGCAUCAAAUGGCCAGCUAUGAACGAGAAACAGUGGAAGGAGUUUGAUGAGGAUGUAGAUGGCAUCGUGGAACAGGUGUUACUUGGAACAGUAGAAAGGAAACUGCGGAGUAUGUGUAGACUGAUAUAUGCAGUCGGGAAGGAAAGAUUUGGGGUGACACCAUCGGAAAGGAAGCAGACUACAGUCGCCAAGAACAGACGGCAGAUAGAAAUAGAGAAGUUGAGGAAGGACCUUCGCAACUUGGGGAACCAGUACAGACAGGCAUCAGAGCUAGAGAAAAUUGGUCUACAGGAACUACGAGACCACACCAGACGCAGACUUCAAGACCUGAGGAAAGCGGAAAGGAUACGAAAAGCCAGAAGGGAGAAGGCCAGACAAAGAUCACGAUUUCUUUCCAAUCCCUAUGGUUUUAGCAAGGAAAUCCUUGAAGAGAAGAAAGCGGGACAGCUAAAUUGUUCUAAAGAGGAGGUUGAAGAGCAUCUGAAGAACACGCACUCUGAUCAGGCGAGACAUAUGCGGAUGGAGGGACAUGAACGCAUAGCCCCAGUACCCAUGCCCAUUGUUGCAUUUACUGAGGGAGAACCAACCCUCAAGGAGGUCCAAGAUAUAAUCAAGAAGGCUAGAUCCAAGUCAGCACCAGGCCCAAAUGGAAUACCUUACAAGGUGUACAAGUCAUGCCCAAAACUGCUGAGACGGUUGUGGAAACUAUUGAAGGUGGUCUGGCGUAAAGGAGAUGUACCUGUGGAGUGGCAGCGAGCAGAAGGCAUCUUCGUCCCAAAGGAGGAGGUUUCCAAGGAUAUUGGACAGUUCCGGACAAUAUCAUUGUUGAAUGUGGAGGGCAAGAUCUUCAUGUCAGUGGUUGCCAGGCGUCUUACAACAUUCAUGACCAGUAAUGGGUACAUUGAACCAUCAGCACAGAAGGGAGGUGUUCCAGGAUUCUCUGGCUGCAUUGAACACACAUGCGCUAUUAGCCAGUUAAUCAGGGAAGCUAAGAUCAACAAGACAGAUCUCACAGUUGUAUGGCUGGAUCUAGCAAAUGCGUAUGGCACGGUACCCCACCAGGUAAUAGAGUUUGCUCUGAAACACCACCAUGUACCAGAACAUAUUCAGAGCAUUGUCAGAAGCUACUACAGAAACAUCAACAUGCGCUUCACAACAAAGAACUUUACAACAUCCUGGAUACAGCUUCAGAAGGGGAUUGUAACCGUCCCACAUACAAGCUCGAUGGAUCCUAUCAGCCCUUGA